CCGGAAGUGGGCGGUGUCGCGCGCUCGGCCCUGCGCUCGCCCCCUCCCCCCAGGCUCGGCGCCCCCUCCCCCCGCUCCGCCCGCUCAGAGCGUGAUGGCGGCAUCUGAGGUAGCUGGUGUGGCCAGUGUCCCCAAUUCUCCGGAAUCCUCUUCUAAUUUAUGUGCUUCCAGAUCAGAGGACGGUCUCCCAGAUGGUCUAAGCCCCAGAGACCCCGCAGAGAAGCACAAGAGCUCGCCGCUGCCGAGUGUAAGUAACCAAACGAUAGCCAAGGAGAGUAACAGAAAUGCCCAUUUGGAGCAGCCAGAGCAGAGUCCUGGUUCAUCAGCAGGUGACACGGCAGCAGCGCACCGGGCGGUGUUAGGAGAGAACGUGCUAGCCACAGCCCUUUGUCUCCCUGGCGGUGGGUCUCAGUCCGAUGUGAAGGACGUGGCCAGCACAGCAGGAGAGGAGGGGGACACGUGCCUCCGGGAGAGCCUCCACCCCGUCGCUCGGUCUCUUAAGGCAGGGUGUCAUACAAAGCAGCUUGCCUCCGGGAGUUCUGAAGAGAAACCCCCACGAGCCUCCGUCCUAGAGGAAGGUAGCAGGGACGCAGGCUUGGAUUUCCGACCUAUAGUGGCUCCGGCAAGUGGGCUUGAAGGAGUCAGUGUGGAUCAGGAUGGUGAUCAGGAUAGCUCUUCCCCGAAGCUUUCUCAGAACAUUGCUGUCCAGACUGACUUUAAGACAGCUGAUUCAGAGGUAAAUACAGAUCAAGAUAUUGAAAAGAAUCUGGAUAAAAUGAUGACAGAGAGAACCCUGUUGAAGGAGCGUUACCAGGAGGUGCUAGACAAGCAGAGGCAAGUGGAGAAUCAGCUCCAAGUGCAGCUAAAGCAACUCCAGCAAAGGAGAGAAGAAGAAAUGAAGAAUCACCAGGAAAUAUUGAAGGCCAUCCAGGAUGUAACAAUAAAGCGAGAAGAAACAAAGAAGAAGAUAGAGAAAGAAAAGAAGGAGUUCUUGCAGAAGGAGCAAGAUCUGAAAGCUGAAAUCGAGAAGCUUUGUGAGAAGGGCAGAAGUUUUUCCUGUAAUUGAUUUCCAGUUUCAUACUGUUGUCAGAAAAGAUGCCUG